GGAGCGUUCAUUCUCCCGAGGCAGCCUGGGAAACGUAGUCCGGGCUCGGUGAGGGGAGAGUUAGGCAGCAGGGCGCUCGAGGAGGAGAAGGAGGCGUGCCUGUGGGACGGCGAGGCCAUGGAGGCCCCCGCGCGGCCCUGGAGCCCCGAGCAGCUGCGGAGCGAAGAGCUCCCCAAGAGGGACCUGGUCCGCUUCCUCCAGGAGCAGGCCGCCCACAAGUUCCUUGCAGAACACAAACUUCUUGGGCAGAUUAAAAAUGUGUCCAAGACAGCCAGCAAGGACCAGCUGAUCACCGCUUAUAACCAGCUCUUUGAGACAAAGAGUUUCAAGGGCAGCGAGAGCCCAGAGGAGCUGGCCGAGCAGGUGAAGAGUGUCAAGUUGGAUGAAGGCAAAGCCAAAGAGGCCAAGCAGGAGGAGGCCGUCGACGAGGGCCCUCCAAAAUACACCAAGUCUGUCCUGAAGAAGGGGGAUAAAGUCAACUUCCCCAAAAAGGGCGACGUUGUCCACUGCUGGUACACGGGAAAGCUUGAAGACGGAACCGUCUUUGACAGCAACAUCCAGACAAGUUCAAAGAAAAAGAAAGCCGCCAAGCCCCUGAGCUUCAAAGUCGGUGUUGGGAAAGUCAUCCGCGGCUGGGACGAAGCCCUGCUGACGAUGAGCAAAGGAGAGAAGGCUCACUUGGAAAUCGAACCGGAGUGGGCUUACGGGAAGAAGGGGCAGCCGGACGCCAAGAUCCCACCCAACGCAAAGCUCUUCUUUGAGGUUGAGCUGGUGGACAUUGAGUGACCGGUCGUGUGGCCCUCCUGGGCCCUGGCAGAUGGUGAGGAACCCCUUGAGUCCAGAAACGAAGACAGAUGUGGCCUUGUACACUUACUUACACAUUGCAAUGGGGGGAAGGCGUAAUUGCAGCUUCUGUACAGUCUCCGCUGAAUUAAAGUCUUGUUUAUACAUGG